AUGACAGCUAAGCGAGGAGACAUGCGCGGAGGACGAGGACGCGGAGAGGUGUCGCGUCAGUCGCGUCGUGCGGCGGGCACGACGCGCAACCGAGCCUGGAAGAGGGUUAACGCUGAAAAGCGGAAGGCGGCCCUGGCCGGAGAUGGGUCUUCGAACCAAGUCCAGCCGGCACCCGAGCAGGCCGUCCCAAAUGACGCGCACCAAGUGUCGAAGGACGGCGAGCCCGAACGUGCUGACGCGGGCGAGGAGUCGAAGACCGCUGGGGGGGAUCCCGGUCUGGGUGAACCCAACCAGGCGUCUGAGGGAGACGCCGACGUGGAUGAGCCCCAGGCGGAGGGUCGAGUUUCGGACUCCCCUCUGCCUGGCCAAGAUGUGCAGCCGGACGCGCAAGUGUCCGCCGAACCCAAGCCGACACCGUCUGCUGAGGAGGAGAAGCCGGCCGCAGUUCCUGCGAAGGCGGUGGCCCCGGCCGCUGAUGCUCAACCGGAGACCCAACUCUCGGUGAAGGCCAGCCGGGGUAAUCAGCCCACAGAGUUGUCGGCCGGACACCCAAGUGUCCAAGCGGCGAAGACGUACGCGGCGUUGCAGGCUUCCCGGUGGGAGAGAGCCCGGUCUGGGCUCACGCUUCCGCCGAACGUGGAGUAUGCCUGGCCGGAGUCCCGCCCGGACUCCGUGCUGUGGCUGACCGCGACGCUUGCGACAUCCAAGUACCUGGCGUCCAAGGUGGCUUCGCAGGACCCGGCCGAAGUUUGGUUGGCCGACCUGGCACCCAGCCGUCGGGACUUGUCGACUGCCCAGGACCUGGCCGGAGUCCAGAUCCCAACCGGGCUGCUGGACUCGCGGGAGUGCGUUGCGGUCCUGCAGACGCUCCUGUUCGAGGCUGGUUUCCAGUUCGUCAACGUGAUGCCGGCCUUGGUGGAGAUGCGAGUGUCCAAGUUGGAGCCGAUGUCCAUCCGGACCGUGGUCGGAGGCGUCCAGGGACUGCUUGCGGUCGAGCUCAUCGAGUGGCGCGAGCUGGUCGUCGGAGCGACGUUCAAGAUCCUGCCAGCGUUGGAGGCCCAAGCGAAGACAGAGAAGCCGCCGAUCAUGGAUUACCACACGGAAGACGCGGAUGGAGAUCUAUUGAUGAACGACUACGAACUCUUGUUGGGCCGGACCUACGUCCUAUGCUUACGCUUGACUGGUCUUCGGCCCAUCCGGAGUCCGAGCGGGUCGUCCCCCGGUGAGCCUGCGCACAAGCGUCUGCAGCAUGCACCGCCGAGGGCCGAGAGCUCGCUUGCGUCCCCGCCGUCCCAGUUCGAGUCGCUGCCGUCCGAGUUUCCGUCGGCUGAGGAGUCCGCCCGGGAUGCCCCGGCCAGAGGUGCAACUUCGGACCCUGUCCCGAGCAUAGUUGGCACCUCCGACCGGGCUUCCUACGGCGCGACGUCCGAGUCGUACGUGUCCAGGAACACAACCUCGGACCCGUCGACCUCGACGCUCGGGUACAGCGCUGCGUCGCACUUCCCGUUGCCCCAGUUGGGAUCCUUGGCGAUGUCCGCACGGGGUCCGGUUGGCGUGUCGGUCGGCGCUGGAGACGUGGGCUUCUACGUGACGCGCGAGGUGGUCCCCAAACGAGAGCCGACCCCCGAUCAGGCUGAUGCCAAUUUGGCACGCUUGGACGAGGUGGCCAGCCGGGCGACAUCCCGAACGCGCACGGCGACGAGGUCCCGGACGCACCGACGCUCAAGGCGUGACUCGCUGUCGAGUGGCUCGGACUCGGAUGGAGAUGCUCGGCGUCGCCGCCGACGUUCCACCCGGAGGUCAUCACGAGACCGAUCCCCAUCGAGGCGCUCGAGUCGAUCCAGGCGCUCGUACCGGUCCACCCGGUCCGGGCGGACAAGCCUGUCGGCCCAGUCGGGGAUGGCGGAGAUGGCGGUGUCGACCUUCCAUCAGGUCCAGCAGCUUGGUGCCGAGCCGUCGAAGCUUCGCGAAGCUGUGUCGACCGGGAAGGAUCCCAGCCGGGAUGCCGAAGCCGAGCUUGCUCUGGCCGAAGCCCAACGGGAGGCGCGAGAAGCCGAGCGCCGGGCCCAGGAGCUUGAGCGACACCUGCAUGAGGUCUACGCCCAGGCGUCCCAGAUGUCGAAGCUUGAGGCCGCGCGGGCCAAACGUGAGCGUGUGGAGGCAGCCGCCGCGGAAUACAUCCACCGGCAGCUGGCUGAAGCCGAUGCGAGGCACGCCGCCGAGAUGGCCGCCCGGGCCGGGCAGGCCCAGCAGGACCUGGCCGCGUUGGCAGCCAGGCUGCAGGCGUCGGAAGUCGCGCGUGCGCAGGAACGUGCACAGACGGGACAGAAGAACACGACCGAAGCCGGCUGGGAGCAGCUACUGGCGACACUGCCGGAAGUCGACGUCCGCGCGUCUAGCAAGGACUCUGAGGCCGACCGUGUUAAUGCGGCGCACCGAUCUACUACGGUGACGCAGGUUGCCCCGACGGGGACCUCCCGUCCGGGGACCAAGACGACGGUGAAGAAGGAGCCGAUGGAGUCAAAGAGGGGGAAGGACGAACGCAGGAAGGACGAGCGCAGGAAGGACAAUCGCAAGAAGGCGCCACGCAAGGGACGUCGCCGGGAUCGCGACUCGUCCCCGGAUUCAAGCUCCAGUUCCUCAAGCUCGGAUGAUGAUAGCUCCAGCGCAGACGACAGCCUGGACGACGAGGACGCUACACCGACCGUGGAGUCAACUACGGUUGGGGAUGGCAAGACCUCCUGGACGCUCCGCCCGUAUGUCAAUUCAAGCACGCUGGGUCAGUUCGAUGAGAAAGCCCCGCUUGGAGAUCGACAUACCUGGUGGGAGAAGUUCACCAACAUCUCCGUCCAGGGUGGUUGGUUCGACCAGACCGAGGUUCGAGAGCUCAAGAUGAAGUUGUCGCCCGCCGCCCGGAACUGGUGUGGUCAGCUGGAGAAGCACGUCCAGAGCAAUUGGAAGCGCUUCGUCCAGGAGUUCCGUAAGGGGCACCUCCACUAUUUCUAA